AUGGCGAAUUGUGCUCCCAACUUGGGUCCCGGGGCGCAAGAGCUCACUUCUGAAGCUAAUACGCUUGUGACCCAACUCUAUGAUCCCGUCAACCAGCGAAACCCCACCAAAGUAAAAAACAUUCAAGCGCGGUUACAAAACUUGCAGAAAUGCGAUCAUGCGUGGGAAAUCGCAGACUCUCUCCUUCAACAGCGUUCCGCACAUCAUCGGUUCAUGGGAGCUCUCACGUUUACAGUGAAGGUGAACGUAUCAGGUGCCGAAAUUGAAGAAGCCGCCACCUGGCAAAUCCUCGAGCGUCUCACGAAUCAUUUCAUUGCCAUUGUGAAUGAGGGUGAGCAGACCAUGGUGAUCAGGAAGCUCGCUUCCAGCCUAGUCACCAUUUUCCGCCAUUCUGCAAGUACUUGGACACGCGCUAUCUGGCAAUUGGCCGCUAGUCUUGCCAACGGAAGCUACGUCGGGGAACAGGAGGCACUAACUGUGGACCUUUUAAACACUUUGCUGCCUGCUUUAACUUCUUCAAAAGCCACAGCCUUGGUUUUCUUCUCGGUCGCUCUCGCGGAAGAAGCCAUUCGUCUGGAAGCAGAACCCCAGGGUUCAGUGGGGCCGAUUAUUGAGCGAGUGGUGGCAAACAUCAAAGACUCCUUCUUGCUUGUGCAAUACAUUCUACCGCAGAUUUCAUAUACUGUUCCUGUGCCCGAAAAUGAGAACGCUCAGUUAAGUCUAGGAAUUGAGGCUAUAGGUUCCUGGAAGACUUGGCUUGGAGUCUAUGGUAACCACCGUAAUUCAAUCGAAAAAGAAGCUCGUGAUCUGGCAAAGUCUUGUGGACGCGGUAUCAUAGAGAUGCUGAAAAUUCCCGACUUCAGUGAAAGUACAGCGUCAAUUUUAAGUUCGGCCAUUGAAACUCGCUCAUGGGUCUUUGAUGACAGCUCAAUUAGCGCUCUGUCCAAUUUCAUCUCAGACUCAAUUGUCACAAUACAUAUUAUGGCAAUAAUCAAGGGAGAUGAAGGUGGUGAGAGCAUGGCAUUCAUCGACCUUCUGGUGGCAUACGUCUCGUUCGUCGACUUCCGGAUAUUCACCAGCCCAAUGAUGCCCCAGAAUGCUCAAAUCCUCUUAAUACUACAGAACCUUCUCAAGACACCAGGCUAUGCGGCAAUUGAGGAUACAGCAACACCCCGAGUCUUGGAGUAUUGGAGUGGAAUUGCUGAGUCCCUCAUCGAUAACUUGGAAGCUGAUGACCCCAGAUUCCAAAUUGUGAAAGGACAACUGGCAGAUGUGGUGAUGGGAUUAUUCAGUAAGCUGCUCUAUCCUACUCCUAAAGAUUUGGUAGAAUUUGGCGACGACGAAAGAAGCGAGUUUAACUCGUUUCGCUACGAUGCCUGCGACUACUUAUUAGCAGCCUAUCCGAUCCUGGGUAUCGAAAUGAUAAAUGUCUUUCAAGAGAGUGCAAGCAGCAACUUGACAAACCUGGACUGGCGCAAUUUUGAAGCUGCCAUGUUCUGCAUCGCCCAGCUUUCCGAAGCAGUUGAUGAGAAUGGACAUGCAGAUCAGUGCCUAAACUCCAUCUUUGGCAGUGAGGCUUUCUCGCAACUUUGCCGCGGUGGAGAAACAGGAAUCCCGCUCAAGGCACGCCAAACUUUGGUGGAUACAUUUGGAAAAUAUGAAUCGUAUUUUGAACGCCAUAGCUUCCUGCUGCCGGGUGUUCUUAAUAUCCUAUUCGAGUCUCUAAAUUUUGAAUCGUGUGCCCAGGCGGCCGCACGGUCCAUUUUGACUCUGUCAAAGUCAUGCGCACGUGUAUUGGUACCUGAGCUUCCGGUGUUCCUCGACUGGCUUGACCAGUUCCGCGCCAAACCAACUGCAACGGCAUCAAUAAUGCCCAAGGUUCUUGAAGCAAUUGCCACAAUUAUCCAAAAGUUGCCUUCUGACCAGGAGAAAGUGCAGACUCUAGAGCGGAUCCUUAGAUUCUUUGUCCAAGAAGCCAACAGGGCCCGUGGACAAGCUGCUAAUUCUGCCUUUGAGAUCGCUCAAGCCCAAGCUCAUCUUAUUCUGAGCUGCAUUGCCAGUAUCGGCAAAGGCCUCCGUGUCGAUGCCGAUGAACCUAUCAAUGUUGAUGACACAGAGGGGCAAACCCCAUACACCCUGUCCUUUUGGAACGUUGGACCAGGAUCUAGGGCACAACAACUUAUAAUGGAGGCAAUGCAGCUCCUCAUCGUGGAUUUCCCGAUUGAUAGCGGCAUUAUCGAUUCGGCAUGUGACAUUCUGAAAGCUGGCUAUACUGAGUCUUCGGGCCUCUUCGUCUUCUCCCCUUCAUUAACGGUAGACUUCAUUAAACGAUUCCCUCUUGGGAUAUCGGGCACAAAUGUCAUCAUGGCAACUGCAUCCUCAUUCCUCGCAUCACACGCUUCUCAUCCACUGCAGAUUCAAGAACAGGCUACAGAAUUAAUCGUUCACGUGUCUCGAUUGUUCUGCCUAAUGCUCGAGAACGCAGAUAGCUACGACCCAGAAACUGCCAAUGCCGGCAUCGACUUCCUAGCCCGUCUCUUGCCAAAAUAUUACCCGAUCCUCUUCUCCCUCACUCAACCCCUCCCCGACUCACAACAGGGCACCCCGAUCUUCGUGACCCUCUUGAACUUUACUCUCCACGCACUAACCCGCCCCGAACCACUGACCAUCCGCUCUGGUUCUACAUUCUGGGUAGCUAUGAUGGACCUCCGCAGUAAUUCUCCUCAAGAAACCGCCGCGCUUGAUCUCGUUCUACAACAGUUCAUGCCCACGCUGUGUGAAACACUGAUCCUUCAGAUCUCAGGCCGCUGCGCCAGAUCGGAUCUAGGAUCUCUGAAUGACGUUCUCCGACGCACAAUCUUCAAAAAGAUGGCGCUGGCUCGUCCAAAUCUGACAGCUGCUCUCAAUGCAAUGAACGCUCAGGUCACGGAUGCAAAUGGGAACCAAGUUCCCCUUCUCUCUCCACAGGAGAAGUCUCGGUUCCUGGAAUCGCUCAUCAUUGCCAGAGGUGCAAGGUCGCAAUCUAUGGAGAUUGUGCGGUCCUUCUGGUUGAAAUGUCGGGGCAUGAACUUUGAUUAUGCUCAGUAG